AUGAUCUAUAAUAAUAACGAAAAAGAUAAUUCUGUUUUAUUUUUCAAAAUUUGGAGACAAAGAUAUUUAAAAAGACAGAUAGAGAAACAUCUAGAGUUAUACAAAAAAUAUGAUACUGUAGAAGUUAAUAGUUUAAAAGAGUUAAUUUUUAUAAAUAGUAAUAGUAAUCCAUAUAGAUUAUAUAUUUCAAAGAUUAGAUACAACUGUAAUGAACCAAUAACAACUAUCGGAUUAAUUCCAGAAAAUGUAACUACAAUUAUAUUUGGUGACGAAUUUAAUCAGAGUAUUGCACCUGCAGGAUCAAUACCCAAUACUAUUACCACCAUUGUGUUUGGAAGAAGCUUUAAUCAACCUUUAAAACCUAUUGACUCAUGUUUGGCACAAUCAGUAAUAGAAUUUGCAAUCGAUAAAUAUUUUACACAGAUUAUAAAUUUAGAUGGUGGAAUAAUAGAAAAUGAGCACCGUCAUGACCGUAAACAAAAUAAGAAAUUAAAGUUUGGUAGAUCAUUCAAACCUGCUGGCUCUAUCCCAAAAGUACAUACACUAUCAUUUGGUAAAGAUUUUAAUCAGCCAUUAGAGCCUGGAGCAAUACCUUUAACAGUUCGCUCUCUCUCAUUCUCCGAUGAGUUUAAUCAACCUAUAUUACCUGGUGCUCUUCCUAGUUCAUUAGAAUCUCUCUCUUUUGGUCGUUACUUCAAUCAGCCAUUAGAGCAUAAUUCAAUUCCACAGGGGUUAAAGGUUAUUCGAUUUGGAAAAUAUUUUAAUCAAGUUAUUAAGGAAGGUAUAAUAUCGCCAAAUACUAUAAUAAUAAGAUAA